AUGACUUUAUUAUUACAUGUCGAGUUCGAUGCAACUUCAGAAUCAACAGCAACAAAGAUCCUUGAAUCUUUGGCUCGGAUGGCAGAUAUUGUGCAUCGUGAUCAUCCUAAAGUAUACACAUAUGUAUUUCGAUAUGGCGAUGAAACCAAAACAAAACUUAUUUUUACUGAAAUAUAUGCCGAUGAACAGGUAUUUCUCGACCAUGGAUGUGAUGCUGAGUUUGGCAGACUUUUAUUAGAAGCUUUCGAUAAAACAACAGGUAAAAGCCGAAAAGAAUUAUGUAUUCGAAGUGACAUCAAUAGUCCCUUAUCACAAAUAACUGCCAGUAUACUCGAUAAUUAUUUGCAUGUUACUUAUAUUUCUCUUCAGCAAGGCUUUUUUCAUCGAGAAUUAAUUCAGAAAAGAGAAGUGGACCUUCUGAUUGUAUGUACUGGUUGUGAUCAAAAUGUUUAUGAACAAUUGAACUCACUUGUUAGUUGUGCAACAUGUGUCACGUUUGAAGAAUCCGAUGGCAAUAGACAACUGAUUGCUGUUAUUGAAAAUAUUUCAAGUGAAAAACCGUCAAUGACAGAUAAGAAACCAUCGAUUGGUGCGAUUGAAAUAGUUUGCUCGCAUGAAGAGACUAUUCAAAAAUUUAAAGAUAUCAUUAAUCAUUAUUUUCAAAUUCAAUCAAUACGUGUUCAAACAAGUUUCAGUGGUUAUAUUCGUCAUAAAUCUUUAUCAUAG